UUGCCACAUCUUCCCGCCUCUAUAUAAAUCUUGCCGCAGCUUCAAAUCUAGGACGACCAAAUCCCACUUGUCUUAACAAGAACUGAUCAAACCUGCGACUAAGAAAUUCAAACUCUUUUAAUUCCAUAUUAUUCUCUAUAUAAUUUAGCAUAUCAAAUUUUCAAAAUUAUAUAGUAUAUAUAUAGUUGAUAGUUCUUAUCAUUUUUGAGCUGAUCAUCAGCAUGGAUUAUUCAGCUUUCAAUUACCAUUCCUCCACAUUUUCGCCGGAAUCAUCGACGACGACGUCGUUUGACAGCUGUCUUCCUUUCAACGAGAACGACUCUCAAGAAAUGCUUCUCUACGGAGUUCUCGCGGAGGGGGCCACCGCCGAGGCGGCGACGGAGGCGGCGGAGGAGGUGAUGUACAGGGGGGUGAGGCGGCGGCCGUGGGGGAAGUACGCGGCGGAGAUAAGGGACUCGACGAGGGGAAGCGUGAGGGUGUGGCUGGGGACGUUCGACACGGCGGAGGAGGCGGCGCUGGCCUACGAUCAGGCGGCGUUCGCCAUGCGUGGGGCGGCGGCGGUGCUCAACUACCCGGCGGAGGUGGUGUGGGAGUCGCUGCGGGAGAUGGGGUACUACGGCGGCGGCGGGGUGGAGGAGGGCUGCUCGCCGGUGCUGGCGCUGAAGAAGCGCCACUCCGUGCGGAGGAAGUCGGCGGAGGCGUGCCGGAAGAAGAAGGAGCUGAAGCAGACGGCGGAGGUGGUGGUUUUGGAGGAUUUGGGGUCGGAUUAUUUGGAGGAGUUGCUCACUUUGUCUGAGAAUUCUGCUUUUCGGUAUUAACUAUAUAUGGUGUGUGAUUCAACUGAGGUCGAAUUUAAAAAAUUCCCACCAUUUUUAAUUCUCGUUUAUAUUAAUUCGAAUCAGUUAGUGUGAGAUAGUACAUGAGAUUUAUUUUUGAUCUUUUUUGCUUCCUCGGCUAGAUUGUUUAUCUCUUAGGUGUUGUACUACUUAUAAAUCAAUGUGAUAUAAUUUAGUUUCCCUUUUGUUUAUA